AUGAAGAUUUCUCUCAGCGUAUGUAUCAUGUUGGCCCUUGCUUGCAAAGUCGGAAGGUCGCUGGAGUGUCACAAACGGCUUGACGGCUCAUUCGAGUUUCGCGAAAAUGAUGAAGCCGUAGUGCCGAAACCAUUCGAUUGCCUGUCGGUAAUGAAGUCGGUUCCAUCGUCUGUACUGGCCACGUACAUGUCUACAGAUAGCGACGGAAGAAACAUAUGUCAAAUAAAAGACGAUGGGAUACCGAAGGAGAAGAAAAUAUAUAGCCCAUCCGAAGUGGAAACAGGGCAACUCUGCCAGUACAAGUGCAAGGACGCAACCGGUCUCUACCGAUGCGAAGUUCCCUCGAAGCCAACUGAUAACGCUUGCACAUGUGUACCUCGUCAACAUAGCGUGAUCAUUCAAGCCAUCGUCGGGACAGAGCUUGGAGGCCAAAAUGAAGAAAUUGAAGAAGAGAAGAGUUGCGCUGGGAAACCAGAAGGAUAUCAAUUCCCAGACCCGGUCCCGUGCAUCUCAUUGCGGGCGGAGGUGACAAAACGUCGUGUUGACUUCAUUGAUCAGGAACAGGGAUUAUGCAAGGUCGAAACGCGCCCUAAACCGGAAACUCGCUACAUCCAAGCCUCUCCAGAUGAUUUGAACUUGCAAGGUUGUUUCAAUGUCUGCAAAAGGGCAGGACCGAGAUGUAUCUCUGAGGAAGUCGACGGAAGAUGUGAUUGUGCGUCUCCGGGUCUCGCAGCUAGACUAGUUUCUAUGACCGACAUGUCGGUGCGCGAUGUUAUUAAUCAGAAAAAUUGUGCUUCAGAUGGAUGUGGACCUUGUGGAGUAUGUAACAAGGAAACGAAGGAAUGUAUGCCUCGAUCGCUCUCUGGCGAGGGCGACUUCUGUCCAUGUGGGGAAAUUUGCCCUGAGAAAGAGGAGCGCCACCCUGAUCACCGUGGUGGAAAACUGCUGUGUGUACCCAAUGCAGGUCUUGAAUGCAUGAGAAAAACUGGAUUGUUUGACAGGUUGUUCAAUCAACCGGAACCUGGGACUAAGAAACCGGAUUUAUGCACACCUGGCAAAUCAGAUAGAGCAGACACCUGUUCCUGUGCUCGUGGAUACCAUGCUAUCCCAGGACCUUUUUCAGCGGUGUAUUGCACAAACAAGGUGCUCGCAAACAAGGCUGGAGAUGAACCAGGGACAACUGCUGAACCCGUUCUGGAGCAGCUGGAUGCCCACGACCUCAUGUAA